UCCCUCAACAUGGAAGACGAAGAGAAAAUUACCUAAAGUGUCUCUCUCUCUCGUGCUUAAUUUCCCCACUAUUUUCCCUCAUGUUGGACCUCGAUAGAAUCCCGAUCCCCUCACUCGGCGGUUGUAGAAGGUGUGCGCGAAAGCUUCAAGCCCAAUUGAAGCUUUCGAGGCCGUUUUAAUGGCACUAUGAACCUAGACUCGCUAACUAAUGCUUUGUCUCAUAUUGGUCCCUCGGUCGCCAGUUUGACAAAGAAAAACCUGAACUCUAGUAAGGAAGAGAUUCAGAGAGUGGUGUGUCAGUUCGGUGGAGAGGCAGAGCGACACUUGUACCGGGUGUUGAUUGGUCACUUGGAGUGGUCUGGGCCGUCAGGCGGAGAAUCUCACCGGCCUUCACCUAACAACAACAACAACAACAACAACAACAACAACAAUAACAAAGAGAAGGAGAGCGCCCCCAGCUCAAGCGGAGCCACCCUCUCGUGGUCGGCAGCGGGCAGUGCAGGCUGUGCGCUCCUUGUGCAGCAUUUGUCUGCCACACUUCCCCCAACACAUUUCAUUGCCAGCCUUGCUUUUGCAGUUGCAAACCCCCCCAACCCAAGCAAGUAUAUAAAAAGCCAGUGGGUUGCUGGUGUGUGCAAAGUACUCAGGCUUACCAGGGUACAAGAAAUCAAACUCUGUUUACAUCUUCUACAAGGAACAAGUCUUGAAAUACGUAACCAGGCCACAACUGUACUGAAAGCUAAGCUCCCGGAACUCGUUCGGGCAUACGUUGAUACAGAUUCAGAAGACAAGGAACUCUUGGAAUUAUCCACUGAAUCUCUGCACUUGUUGCUAAUCCACAUCGUCCACCUGUGGCGAGACCCCCCAGCAGCUCUUCUACCUCAGGAGUCAAGACAAGCAUUUAUCUCGGCACUCCAGCAGGAGUUUCCUCGAUCUCGCGUGCCUGUCGUUCUUGCUCCCCUCCUUUAUCCAGAUACAGAUAUACUAAUGGAGAAGAUCACGCAAGAGCAGCCAGCCAACAUGGCCAAAAAUCUACUGGACGGGUCUCUGGCAGACUUAGUCCGUGAGUUAGGCUACAGCUUCUGUAGCACAGUGGAAGAAUGCAGAAGCAACCUCGGGAACUUCUGUGUGACCUCCAUAACACCAGCAGCUGUUGCAAAGGUCCUUGGUGUUAUGGUGCGCACUCACACAGGCCUUCCAUCAGAACAGAUUGGUCUUCAGAACCUCAAUUCCCCAAACUCGCUAUGGAGUGAUACGAAAGACAAGAGCUCAAAUAACCAAACGACCAGCUCGGGUAGCGACGUAACCCUAGGCGGGUCAGGGAGCCUCUCGGGUCCUCACUGCUGGAAUGUGGAGGUGUUCAUCAAGGCGCUCCUGGAGGUGGUCCCCAGCAUCAACGUGAAGGAGGUCUUCAACAAGUUGGACCACAAGGGCUUCCUAGUCAAAGACAGACAGGGUCUCAAAUUGCUUAUCACAGCGCUACGGUGCCUUCUCCAGGGCCAGGGCUUGCGGGUUGAAUUGUUUCCUGUGGAAUGCUUCUACCAGCAGUGGAAGAACACCGAGGAACAGCUUAGUCUUGUCACGCAGAUCCUCAGAAAUCCGGAGAUAUUUUGUUUCACCGAUUUUCCUUGCCAUUUAGUGUCCACUGAUAGCUUGAAGACAUUGCCAGAGCUUGAUAAUAAAGAGGUGGCCACAUGGAAGUCAGUACAACUACUAGAUACUCUCCUUUGCCUCGGGGAGAAUCACUACACGGCUGUGAAGGAGCUCUUCAAGUUUCCCAUCCAGCACUGUCCAGAUAUCCUUGUUCUUGGUUUAAUACAGGCAACUUUACCCUACACUAUUCUGCGGCAAGAUCUGAUUGCUUCUCUCAUUCCAAUAUUUUUGGGGAACCACCCAAAUGCAGCAAUAAUCCUUCAUCAUGCCUGGCACACACAGAACAAUACAACUACAGUCCGCCAGAUUAUCAUGCAUGCCAUGGCAGAGUGGUAUAUGAUGGUGGAGAAUGACCAGACAAGACUAAGCCGAAUUCUUGACGUCGCCCAAGAUCUGAAAGCCCUCUCGCUACUCCUCAAUGCUCAGCCUUUUCCAUUUGUGAUAGAUUUGGCUUGUUUGGCCUACAGACGAGAGUUUUUGAAGCUGGAUAAGUGGCUGACAGACAAGAUCCGCGAGCAUGGAGAGGCAUUCAUCUCGGCAUGCGUCAAGUUCCUGCAGCGCCGUUGUCCUCAUCUGGUGGGUGGCAAGGAGGACGGGAUGCAGAAAUCUUCGCAGCUUCCUCCUGAAACCAUGGCCACCAUUCUUGUGUGUCUUAAUGCUUGUGCUUUAAAUGUGUCUCAAGAAUUGUCAGACACCAUUGUGACAAUGGUUCAACACUGCAACCUGAUGAACAGACCUCGAACACAGCAAGGAGUGAUUGGCUUCCCUGGUCCAUCUCAGCAGACAAGUGAAGGCAGCCUAGGUGGCAUAGCCUCCAGCCUGAGCAGCCUGAACCUGGGCGGAGCAGGUGGCACGUCCUCCAUCUUCCCGACCUCUGCCUCCUCAUCCAUGAGUCUGGGUAGCUUGGGGUCGCUGGGCACUGCACCAGGAUCCCCCGGGCGUCCCCUUGGGCCUUCUACUGCCCCCGGGACAUCGCAGUCUCCCCUCUCCUCCAUCUUGCCUGCUUUACAGCUGGGCCCCCCACAUGCAGCAGCUGUGGGCUCUCAGCUGCCCACCUUGCCCACCUCCUCUAUCAUCCCGUCAUCUCUGAGGUCGCAUUCGGUGCAGCCCACCGUCAACGCCCCCAGCAGGCAAAUGGAUAUGUCCCAAAUCUUUGACAUGCCUCAAAUGGUGAGCAAAGAGGUUGAAGAUGAAGCCAAUAGUUACUUCCAGCGUAUCUACAAUCAUCCACCCCAUCCUACACUCUCCAUUGAGGAGGUAUUGGACAUGCUGAAGAAAUUCCACGAAUCGACCAACAAGAGGGAAAGGGAAGUCUAUUCGUGUAUGCUCCGGAAUCUCUUCGAAGAGUACCGCUUCUUCCCCACCUACCCGGACAAAGAACUUUUCACCACUGCCAGACUGUUUGGUGGUAUCAUUGAACAGGGUCUAGUCGAAUAUAUGGCCUUAGGUGUAGCACUCAGGUAUGUCAUGGAAGCUCUCCAGAAACCACAUGGAAGCAAGAUGUACUACUUCGGCAUCGUGGCACUGGACAGGUUUCGCAGUCGUUUGAAGGAAUACCCUCGCUAUUGUCAGCACCUUAUGGCUAUACAGCAUUUCAAUGAAUUUCCCCCACACCUUAUAGAGUACAUCAAGUACGGAACACAGUCGCAAGAACCCCCCUCACGCCCGUCUGGUGUUGUGCUCCCUCCUUCCAUGAAUGUGUCGCCAAGCACCCCAGCCCCAGGCACCUCAGCAGUCGCCGUCACGGGCACUGUUGUCCAGCCACCCAAUGUUGCAGCGUCGGCUGUGGUGUCAUCCGUUGCCAAGACCCUCACUGCCACCACCACCACGACAACUACCACCGCCAUCACCAGACCUCAGUCAAUGUCUGUUCCGUCUGCACCAGUGGGAUCUGGGAAGCAACCAACAAUCACAACAACCAACAUUGAAACACUGUUAGUUGCCACAGAAAAAGAAGAAAAGAUUACUCCUCCACCUGAGCAUAUGCAAGAUAAAAUUGCCUUCAUUUUCAACAAUCUUUCUCAAGUGAACCUUCCUCAAAAGUGCGAAGAGCUGCGUGAAGUGGUCAGCGAGGAGUAUUGGAUUUGGGUCGCCCAGUACUUGGUGAUGAAGCGAGCCUCCAUUGAAAAUAAUUUCCACACUCUUUAUUCCUUGUUUCUUGAUCAGCUAAAGAUGAACAAUUUCAAUGCAAUGGUUUGCAGGGAAACUUUAAGGAAUAUUAAGGUACUCCUAAGGGCCGACAAGUCUGCGGCCAACUUUUCUGACAAGUCACUAUUGAAGAACCUUGGACAUUGGCUGGGCAUGUUGACCCUGGCCAAGAAUAAGCCUAUCCUUCACUCAGACAUCGAUAUGAAGUCUUUGCUCGUUGAGUCUUACAACAAAGGCUUGCAGGAAAUGCAAUAUGUGAUUCCAUUCGUAGCCAAGGUGAUGGAGUCGUGUGCAAAGAGUCGUGUAUUUAAACCUCCUAACCCUUGGACAAUCGCCAUAAUGAAUGUGCUAGCAGAACUCCACAAGGAACCUGACAUGAAGCUCCAUCUCAAAUUUGAAAUUGAAGUUCUGUGUAAUAGAUUGGAAAUUAAUUUGGAGGAUCUGAAGCCAGCAAACAUCCUGAAUGACCGGGAGCGAAUUGCACGCCUGAAACCCCAGUUGUCGCAGCUGGUAGGAUCGAAAAGGGCUGAAUCGACUCCACUCUUCCCAGCUCUGCAAGCAUUCUCUUCAUCGACCAGUUUUAUGCACCCGAUGAAUACUGGCAGCCGAUGGGUAGCCAAUCCGAAUAUAAACCACGCACCGGGACACGAAGUCAUCAGUCAAGCAAAGACAAGUUGGUCACAAAUGGGUCCAACAGGGCAGGUGGAGAUGCCCACCAGCACAGUCACCGUACAGAGCUCGUCUGUGGGCGCCACGCCAACCCCUCCAUCAGUGUUGCCACCUCAUCCCUCCUCUACCCCAACACCUAUCCAGCCUCAACAACCUUCGGUCAAUGAGCCACGGUUUAUCUACUCUGAUAUCACCGUCACAUCCCUUCGGGGGCUUGAGCCUCACAUAUCUGUCUCAGUACCUCAGGUUGGUGGCAUUGCAACCAAUGCUCAAUUAAAACAGCUUGUGCGACAUGCUGUAGAAAUGGCAGUCCAGGAGAUUGUGACAGCAGUAUUGGAGCGCAGCAUCAAGAUUGCUAUCACCACAGCAGAGCACAUAAUCAAGAAAGACUUUGCUCUGGACCCGGAUGAGUCUCGGAUGCGAGUUGCAACUCAUCACAUGGUUCGCAACUUGACAGCAGCAAUGGCAAUGAUAACAUGCAGAGAUUAUCUGGCUACAAAUAUUGCCAAGAGCAUCAAGCAGGGAUUGAUGCAGGCUUUUUCACGAACAAAUCAGCAGCAGCUGCCACAACAGCUAGAGCAGAUGGAGCAGCUGGCUGCAGCCAUUGCUCAAGAGAAUGUUGGUAUAGCUUGUGCCUUUAUUCAGAAAACUGCUGCAGAGAAGGCUGUGAUUGAGAUGGAUAAGAGGCUGGCACAGGAAUAUGAAGUGAGGAAAGCCGCAAGGACAGAAGGCCGCCGCUAUUGCGAUGCAGUGGCUUUGACAUACCAGGCAGAGCGGAUGCCGGAACCCAUCCGCCUGAAAGUGGGUGGUGUCACCCAACCUCAGAUGGCUGUGUAUGAGGAGUUUGCCCGCAACAUCCCUGGCUUCCUGCCCAUCACUGAUCAGGACACCAUGUUCUUGACCAAGCCUGUUCCUAUUAGCUCGCAACAACAGCAGCAGCAACCCCCUCACUCACAACAGCAGGCCUUUGGAAGUGAUGAGACAACCGCAUUCCUGCUUCUGACGGAGCGCAUCAGUGCUGAGCUGGAACACACCAUCCAGGCCUUCACUACUCUGGCCCCCUCAUCCUCCCUCAUCCCGAUGCUGCACUCGCUCAGGGAAGGACUUCUGCUCACCCGCACCAACAGAGAUGCGCACACUGCUCAGCUGUUGCUCAGGAAGGCUGUGGAGAACCUCCUGGAGGGCGCACGAGAGCUGCCCACCGAACCAGAACUGAGCCAGCUUGCCCUUCGGUUCCGUGACUGCCACCUUAUUGUUUUGAAGGCCAUGGCUGAUCAUCGUUCCUAUGGAACCAACUGGACAUCGAAGAAUGUUACCAAAUGCUGGGCUGAAUCGCGCGAAGAAUUGAAGUACAACUUGGAUGUUGUCGACUGGCUGAUCCGUUCCAAUUUGCUGAACAUGCAGUUGCUGGACGAACACCUUGCUAGAACUCUAGAUGAUCCAAGGCUUCCAUCCUACAUCCCUUCCUUUUUCAUCAUGCAGCUUGUUCAGAUUUACCUCGUUGACGACCCCAGCAACAGCUUCCUGAGUGAGUCAGACUUGCAGCUAACACUGGAAGCCCUAGUUCGCAUGUGCCACUCCCGGCAGGCCCCAGAAGGCCUUGUGCCCCUCAUUGAUGCACUGCGGCUGAAGCAUGAUUUACUGGCGAGCGAGCGGCUUGCAGGGGGCAGCAGCCUCAGCGGCACAAAUAGUGCCCUGACCGCUGGGCCAAGUCUCCACUUCCAUUCGGGUGUGACGCAGGCAAGGGACUUCAGUGAUCCCCCAGCCUUGCAGGAGAAGACAGAGGUGUUGCUGCGGGAGUGGAUUCAGAUGUACCAUUCCCCAACAGCUGGCCAGGGGUCGGCCUCUGCCUUCCAGCACUUCGUGAAGCAGAUGAAUCUUCACGGAAUCCUCAAAACAGAUGAUCUCAUAACCAGGUUCUUUAGGAUCUGCAUAAGCAUGUGUCGUGACCUUUGUGUUCGAUCGAUUCUUGAGCAAGGCCAAGGACCAUCUCCUACCUACGUUCGCAGCAAAUGCUUCCAGAAUCUGGACGCCUUUGUACGUCUUAUUGCCUUAUUAGUCAAACACUCGGGGGAGGCAACAAACCCAACCACAAAGAUCAAUCUUCUAAAUAAGGUCUUAGGACUUGUGUGUGGCAUCAUGAUCCAUGACAUUGAGUCAAACGGCACCGAGUUCCAGCAGCUUCCAUAUCACCGCAUUCUCAUCAUGCUUUUCCUUGAGCUCAACGCCCCUGAAGCGAUCCUAGAGUCCAUCAACCUUCCGGUAUGUGAAGUAAGCUACACUCUCAGGGAACAAUGCUAGCACAUGUUCAUCCACUGGUAUGCUUUAUUUGGAGGUGGGUUGACGGUCCCAUGCACAAGACUUCAUUAGGAUAUAGGGCUCAUCCCUUGUUUGUCAUCUGUAAUGUUGUCUCCAUUUUUUUUCCUUAGUUGUUUUGACCUUUAAAUAGCAGCGGCCAUAUCCUCCAAAGUGAACACUCCCAGGAAGAUUUGUAUCCAUUGAGUUAAGCCAUUUGCAUUUUAAAAGUUGUUGUCUCAAACUGUAGUUCUUUUUUCUUGGCAGUUAAAGUCAUAUUGUUUUCAUUAUUUUCCUUGUUAUAUAAAAAAGGGAUAGUUGAUUUUUUUUUAGAAUCAUAUUCUUACAGAUUUUAUAACUAUACUACUUGUGUUUAUAUUUUUGUUUAUCUAUUUAUUGUCUUCUUGUUAAAUAUACCUUUUCAGUGGAGAAAAAGUAAGGAAAGUAUCUAUAGGGUAUCUUCACUUUAAAAAAAGGUGUGCAGAGAUUUUUAAAAAGAUCAGAUAAAAAAAUAUGAGAUUCAGCAGCUGAAGGUAAUUAAAGGAUUGGUCAUCAUCAAUGAGGAAGAUUGAGUCCUUAGGAAGACAAGGUCAACGGAUGUGCCUUCAUGUGUUCAGAUCCCAAAUACUUAUCAUAUUUGUCUUGUGAAAACUUGGUCGUUCCCUGUCUCACCUCCAAAUGCGUAGAGUGUAUUCAGUGCGCGAACAUGGCUAGCAGUUUCUUACCCCCAUGCUUUUUCUGAUUUUGAGAGAGAGAGAGAAAAAAAAAUUCUUGCAAAAAAUCAUAUUUUGAUAUAGCUGUAGUAGUAUUUGAGAUAUUUACUAUCUUUCCUUAAUAGAUGUGAAAUCAUUUUGUGUCAUAGGUACUUGAUGGUUUCAUUUCUCUCUAAAUUGUUUUAAAUUUUCAUGUGAUAUAAACUUCAGUUUUGUUAGCAUUGUUCUUGCUGUUCAAAAUAGGAUUAGUUCAGAUAGGAACUAUUGCAAUGCUUCAUUAAUAAUCAUUACUUUCAGAUUGAUAAUGCUAGCUUAUGUCUGUAUUUCCCUGUCAGAAGUGUUUCCAUGUCUUCAUUUUUAUCCUUGAAAAGCAUGUGAUGUGAAUAUUUAAUUCAGAAAGGAUAUUUUUUCUCAUUUUUUUCCCUUGUUCAUAGUUUUUGUAUAGUAGAUUUUCAACCCUUUCAUAGACAAAGAUUGUAGAGACAGUAGCAUCACCAAUGACUGUACAGACCUAACAUUAAUGCAGCAGCAUUAAGCAGCAUAUGCAUAAACACAGUCUGAUCUUACAGUUUUGUGUGUGUAUUUGAAACAAAAUCUGCAUUUGUUAACAGUUGCUUCAUCUGUAUUCUAUGCAAAUGGUUGUCCUUAUGUUGAGAUGUGCCCAUGUUGAGAUUUCUUGAAGGCUCUCAUAAAUGGAGCUCAUAUUUUAUCAUGCCAUGCAUUUCCCCAUGCAGGCUGUUCAUGAGAAUCCCAUUUAUUUCUUGUCCGGAUUCAGAAUUCUGGAAGAUGUGCGCCCUUUUUUGGGUGCAAAAGGUCUCUCCUUUAUUUUUCUUUACUGCCAGCAUCUUCUGUUUCAGAUUCCGAGUCUGGAAUACACUCUUCCAGAGUCUGGAGAAGUGACAGAUUGUGUGCCUUACUUGUUUUUAUGAAGCUUGAAACACAGAGGAGUCACUUCACGUGAUAUAGCUAUCCUUGCUUUACUAGUAUUAACACAUAGCAAAAUAACCUAGCUUCGUGGUAGAAAUUAAGCCUUAUCUAACUCAUUACUUGGACUCAGUCAGGGUUUUAUUAGCCCUAUGGCCAGAACCAGGUGAACUAUUUGGGGAACUAGGGAAACCAGCCAUAGAAUCUUGAUUUGCCUAAACAUGCUCUUUUUCCUUGAGUAGAGGGUUAUGAAUAAAGUUUCUCUGUGAUUAUCUUUGGUAUUGUUCAGUAAAAUUUUGCAGCUAUAUAGAUACAAAAAUUUAAAUGUUAUGUUGAUUAUUUAAUAUUGAUUUCUUUGAUUUGAGACAGUAAAUAGAGAAGCAGAUGGUCUUAUAAGGCCAAAGUUAAUCUGUGCAUAGAGAAAGCAGUGAAAUUUUAAAAUGGCCGUGAAUUAUUUUAAAUACUUCUGCCUUUUUUUUUUUUCUUUCCCUUAUUUUGACCCGUGAAAUAGAAUUAUAAUACAACCGAUGUGGAAGGCUGGGUGGCUGGAAGUGACUUUGGGAGCAAAGAUGAGCCUGAGUAGUGAAACUUGAGCUUUAGCUAAAGUAUAUAGUUCCUUGGAAAUCAUUCUAUUCUCUCUUAAAAAAAAUAGAAAUAAGAUAUACAAGAUGAGAGAAAAAAUUCAGAAAAUCACAAAAUAAAAGAGGAAAAGAGGAAAAGAAACAGAUUGCCUUUCUGUGUGUUGUAAAUAAGAUUAGCAUUACAAAAUCUUUUUUUCUUAUUGAGAGACAAGAGCUAGGUAUCCUGGGUAAACAUUUGCUCAUCAUUUUGAGGCUUUAAUUCUUUGAGCUCAAUACUUAACUCUCAUGUGUGGUUGUUGUGGCUGGGUUUUUUAAAGUUGUCAUCCAUAACUGUAAGUUUUUCAAAUUGAAUUUCUUUAUUUGGUAGUCUCUCACAUGCCUUUUGUUUAACACACUUGUAUGUCUUGUCACUCUAGAAUAAUUAACCCAUCCAUCUUUGCUAAAGAAAUUCUGUAAAUGCACUUACUUGAUAUCUUUUAUUUUAUU